AAAGCAUCGAGAAAUCAGACCUACAUGGUGUGAUCGGAAUCUUGUCGAAUAAGAUCGUGCGACGAUCCUAGCACUCAUACAAGGUUUGGCCGUUUUAUGAUCCUGGCUAGCGCUUACGUUCCAAAGAGUAAACCUCGCCGUUGGCGCAAUCGUUCCCCUCAAACUGACUCGUACACAAUCAAGCCAUCAUGCCUUCACCAGUCGCUCAGAGCCCGCCUAAGGCGGAGGAAGCCGAGGCCGUAGCCCAUCAAGCUGAGACAACCAUUGAAGUCGGCGGAUCUGAGAGUGACACCGGGUACGAAAGUGAGUGGGCAUCGAGUGUGUCAACGUCGGUAUCAUCGAGCGUGCGGGAUUACACUUUUGAAAAUGGGCGGCGAUACCACAAAUAUAGCGAAGGCAGAUACCUGUUCCCCAACGAUGAAUCGGAGCAGGAGCGUGAGGAUAUGAAGCAUGCGAUGGUUCUUAACCUCUGUGGCGGACGACUACAUUAUGCGCCACUAGAUAACCCACAGAGUGUUCUAGAUAUCGGGACUGGGACGGGAAUAUGGGCUAUUGACUUUGGCGAUGAGUAUCCAAGCGCAUCGGUUUUGGGAGUCGACUUGAGCCCUAUCCAACCCUCUUGGGUCCCCCCAAACGUGAAGUUCAUGGUAGAUGAUGCCGAGAGCCCUUGGAUAUACCCUAUCAACAACUUCGACUUCAUCCAUCUACGCCAUUUAGCCUCUUCCCUCAAGGAUACGCCAGCGUUGAUAAACCAAGCAAUGGUCAACCUAAAACCCGGUGGUUGGAUCGAGAUGCAAGAACUGUAUUUCGAUCUUUCUAGCGAUGACGACAGCAUCCCAGAAGCUCAUGCAUUCUCAAAGUGGCUCACGUUCGUGCGCCAAGGCCUCGAAACCUUUGGCGUCGAUCUUCUCAGUCCUGCGAAGACCCAGGACCGACUAAAGGACGCUGGGUUUGAGAAUGUGACAGAGCGCAUCUUCAAGGUGCCAAUCGGCACGUGGCCUAAGAACCAGACACUGGCCAAAGUCGGCCUGUACGGCCAGGCAAUGUGCGUGGAUGGACUCCAAGGAAAUAGUAUGAAGACUUUCACAAAAGGAUUAGGAUGGACGGCAGACGAAGUCGAGGUGUUUUUGGUCGACGUGAGAGACUCAUUCAAGGAUCGGAAGGUGCAUUCCUACCUUACGUUCCGUGUCUGCUACGGACAGAAGCCGGUGGGAGGAGUUUAGUUGGCAGACACUUAUUUAUUGUUCAUAUAGUCUCCGUAGAUAUUGAUCGCACGCUAAUCUCGGGCGCACCCACAACGCGGGGUUAUGCUUACUAAGCUGUUAGCGGGGAUGUAAUAUUUGGACCUUUUGGUGG